CCCCUGGUUUGAGAGAGGUGGUUUAUUCGGGUGCCACAGCGUGAGCGUCCUCUGUGAUUCUGAAUGCUCCACUGACCGCUUCUGAAACUGACAACAUGGCUAGUGUUCAAGCUGCCUCCCGUCUCCUCUCCAAAAGGAUACUGUCCUCAAGGAAAGCUGUCCCUGCAGCCACAGCCCAAGGUUCAAAGAAUUUGCAUUUCUCAGUCUAUGGAAAGAGAAAUGCCAACGUUUCAGAUGGCAUCUCCACUCAGUAUCCAGUUGUGGAUCAUGAGUUUGAUGCCGUGGUGGUUGGCGCCGGAGGAGCAGGACUUCGGGCAGCUUUUGGCCUGUCUGAGGCUGGCUUCAACACGGCCUGUGUCACCAAGUUGUUCCCCACCAGGUCUCACACUGUUGCUGCACAGGGUGGAAUCAAUGCAGCUCUGGGAAACAUGGAAGAUGAUGACUGGAGGUGGCAUUUCUAUGACACCGUGAAGGGCUCUGAUUGGCUGGGGGACCAGGAUGCCAUCCAUUACAUGACUGAACAGGCUCCUGCUGCUGUAGUGGAGUUGGAGAACUUCGGCAUGCCAUUCAGUCGCACGGAGGAUGGCAAGAUCUACCAGAGGGCAUUUGGAGGUCAGAGUCUGAAGUACGGCAAAGGGGGCCAAGCUCAUCGCUGCUGCUGUGUAGCAGACAGGACUGGGCAUUCACUACUUCACACACUGUAUGGACGGUCGCUGCGUUAUGACACCAGUUACUUUGUGGAGUACUUUGCCCUGGACUUGCUGAUGGAGGAUGGCGAGUGUAAAGGAGUGAUUGCACUCUGCAUGGAGGAUGGAUCUAUCCACCGCUUCAGAGCUCAGAAUACUGUCAUCGCGACAGGGGGUUACGGUCGAACCUAUUUCAGCUGCACCUCUGCUCACACUAGUACUGGAGAUGGAAAUGCCAUGGUGACCAGAGCAGGUCUGCCCUGUCAGGAUUUGGAGUUUGUUCAGUUCCAUCCCACUGGAAUCUAUGGAGCUGGUUGCCUGAUCACGGAGGGCUGCCGUGGCGAGGGAGGCAUCCUGAUCAACAGUGAGGGUGAGCGUUUCAUGGAGCGCUACGCACCCAACGCCAAGGACCUGGCUUCUAGAGAUGUGGUGUCCCGCUCCAUGACCAUCGAGAUCAGAGAGGGCAGAGGUGUAGGUCCAGAGAAGGACCAUGUGUACCUGCAGCUACACCACCUGCCUCCUCAGCAGCUUGCCACAAGGCUGCCCGGCAUCUCAGAGACAGCCAUGAUCUUUGCUGGAGUUGACGUCACUAGGGAGCCCAUCCCUGUUCUUCCCACCGUCCACUACAACAUGGGAGGCAUACCCACCAACUACAAGGGCCAGGUGAUCACCCACACAAAUGGAAAGGACAAAGUGGUUCGUGGACUGUACGCCUGCGGGGAAGCCGCCUGUGCAAGCGUUCAUGGUGCUAACCGGCUGGGGGCCAAUUCUCUUUUGGACCUGGUGGUGUUCGGCAGAGCCUGCGCCCUCACCAUCGCUGAGGAGCACAAACCUGGAGAGAAGCUUUCCCCUCUGAAGCCCAAUGCAGGAGAAGAGUCUGUGGCCAACCUGGAUAAGUUGAGGUUUGCCAAUGGAAGUCUGCGCACUUCUGAAAUCAGGCUCAACAUGCAGAAGGCCAUGCAGGCCCACGCUGCCGUGUUCCGUACUGGUUCUGUCCUGAAGGAGGGAUGUGACAAGAUGGAUGCCAUUUACCAGACCAUGGCAGACCUCAAGACCUUUGACAGAGGCAUUGUGUGGAACACCGACUUGGUGGAAACGCUGGAGCUGCAGAAUCUGAUGCUGAACGCCGUCCAGACCAUCAACUCCGCUGAGCAGAGGACGGAGAGCCGCGGAGCUCACGCCAGAGAGGACUUCAAGGAUCGUAUUGAUGAGUACGAUUAUUCAAAGCCCUUGCAGGGCCAGGAGAAGAAGCCCUUCGAUCAACACUGGAGGAAACACACCAUGUCAUACGUUGACCCCAAAACUGGCAAGGUGACCUUGGAGUACCGUCCUGUCAUUGACCACUCUCUGGACGAACAGGACUGCGCCCAUGUCCCUCCAGCCAUCCGCUCUUACUAGGAACACCCCUUCGACUCAAACAAUACCCUACCAGACCUCAUUUACGCACUAUUUAUGGAGGUGUUAUCGAAUAUUGAGGGAAACUAUGCUUUGGUUUGCACAUGUGUGUCUUGUGUGUCAUUUUCUACACGGAUAAUACACAACAUCAAGUUCCAAGCAUUUAUCCAUCAUUUGUCCAUCUCUACAUCAUGUCAACAUGUUGCAUCACUCCACUUUUGACAACACUGCGCUCUCCUUUGCCAGUUUGGUGUUGAUUGAAAUGAAUUUUAAAUUUCACCUCUACUUCAGCCUGGACGAGAGAUUGUGGAAACUGUAAUAUGAGGUUGCUUUAAAGCAGCACAGGGACGUUUUAAGAAUGUAAAUAUUGCCCACGUGUACAAUAAACAUGGUUAACUACACAGUAUGUAAAAAUAUAUUAGGUAGUCUUGCCUCACUCACUAUUGCCUUGGAUAGCACGUUAUUGUGAUCUGUGGGUGUGUUUGGUCCAAAACAGUUUAAAGUAAUGCAAUGCAUAGCUUAAUGUAAUUCGUGAUCUGCACUGUUACCAUUAACAAAAUCAAGUAUGAAGCAAAGCAGCCUUGUGAUAUUUCACGUUUUCUUUUGAAGUCAAAGAUUAUACAGUAUAGCGAGUAUGGACUCUUAAGAAAGCCAGUGCUGCUGCUUCUAUGCUCUUUUGAAUGAACAUUGCAUUGUUGAAAAAAAUAGUCGAAUUGAAGUAAACAUGCUUUCAACAAAGUGGCUUGUCACUUGAAUACUUAACUUAAAGGGGUGACUUAAUUUAUUGUGUUUUUUUCUCAUGUUCCUGACAUUUAUACUUGUGUUCAUAUGUUGAAUAAAGUAACCAAAACACA